AAGCUUCUAGUGGACUAAGCUUGCGCUCUCGCCGGGGAAGCUCUCUUCCCCACAUUGUGCAUCCUGCUACGCCGGGCAGGUGUAUUACCCCUACGUGACAGGUCUCAUCGUCGCCUGUAGUAUUCCGCCUGAAUGCCGGAAGCUGCUCCCACGCCCCGCGCGGCGCUGGCCAACGCGACAACAUCAACCUCGAAUACACCGAGCGGGAAAGAGUCCCAAUACAGCUACUUUGCGGACACGUCAAGAGGGCCACCCAUCACUGCGCCGUCGCAUAGCUGGUUUACUAGCCCGGCGAGGUCGCAUGCGUCUGGGCAGGGGAAGGAGCUUCCGCUGCAUUUGAUACAACUAAUACUGGAAUAUCUCGACGAUGCCGCCGACCUCGCCCGCGUUACGCGCACCUCGCGCCUGUUCUACUACAUGACCUUGCCGCGCCUAUACGAAGAGGUCACGCUGCGGACCUAUGCGGAGUUACGAUAUGUCAACGGGAGACCAACAGGCUAUGGCAGCGGAAGUCCAUUCGCCAUGGGGCUGAACACGCUGGUGUCGCGGAACUUCGCCGACUAUGUGCAGACCUUCAGGGUGAUUGGGGAAUGGCGGGAACACGACGUGGACGACUAUUCCAAAGGGCGCGUGCCCGACAAUAGCAUGGUGCUUCAGGUGGCUAUGCGCGCUGCGAUGGAUAAAAUGAAAAAUCUCAAAAACUUCGCGUGGGAGUUGAACACGAAACCGCUACACACUGUCUAUGAGGGCCUCAUGCAAAAGUCCUCGCUGACAUCUUUGGUCCUCCGCUUUCCUUCAAGACGAAUACCACGGCCCACGACCGUCAUUCCCCCGCUUCCAAAUCUCACGACCCUUAUAUGCUACGAUAUAGACCCUCUCGCCUCCCCCGACAAUAUAUCCCUCCUCCUCCUCACCUCGAAGAAGCUUGAGAACUUAAAACUACACUUCAACCCACGUAUGCGCGAGACUGGAGAAGAGUCCGUCCAGCUUAACGCCUACUUUGGGCGCUGCAUAGCCGCCGGGUAUUCUAUAGCUCUGAAGCGCAUCGCGCUCUACAAUCUUUACUGCCGAAAUCAGGAUGAGGGUUUCGAAAGGGCAACAAACCCUAGCACAAUUGAAGAGGUGACUAUAAUUAAUUCGAUGGGUUCUUCAGAUCCCAUGACCGUAUUCUUAGACAACACUUGGCGCCUCAAUCCCAACCAACCGAUUCCCAAGAAUCUCAAGAUGCUCCGCUCGGACACAGUCGAGCCGGAACAGGUUACCAUGCUUACCAAAUUCCAAGGUUUGGAGCGCUUCUACAUCGUCAGCAAGCCUAUGUGCUCGAAGGCAACCAGCACAGCGCAGACUCCUACGUCGCCUUCCUCCAACACCACCCCGAACAUGCACACAAAUGGCAGCAUCUCAACGCCCCGCCCUACAACCGAAGGCGAGUGCAAGAGCGUUGCAGGCGAUUACCUAGCUGCGAUUCAAUCCAAUCAUCGCACCAUGCGCCACCUACUGCUGUCAGACCACUGGAUGCUCUCAGACGACGCACUUUUCAAGGUCUGCCAGACGCUUCCCCACCUCGAGCAGCUCGGCUUUGCAUGUUCAGUCCCGCCCAUGGAGUCGAUGCGCCAAAUGAUUUCCCACACACCUAAUCUAUGGGCCAUACGCAUGCUAAUUCCACCGGGCUCUCUGUUUCAAGCCCGCAUGGACGCCAUGGACAUCGAGAUGCACCAGUUCGCGCUUGCGACCGAGAUGUGGCGGCCGCAGUAUCGCAAACUCAAGUACGUGGGCAUGGGCAACAAAGCAUUCAAGCUGGGCGAUGUGAUUUGGCCCAAAGGGAAUGGCAACGCUAGAGCGCAGGAGAAUGCGCAAAACGGUAGCCCAUUUGGUGGGAGGGGGACUUCUAUGAUUGAGCUGAGGAAUGGACCGAUGAGGAGGCUGGAGCAGGUGGAUCCGAACAGUUUGAGCUGGAUUGAGAUUUGGGGUAUGGACUCUAUGGAGUUCGAGGCGAAGUUCCCGUGAGUAAGGGCCGUCCAUAAUUGUAAGAUUUUGAGUUGUGAUCGGAACGAUGUAAGAGUUUGUUGCAUUUUAGAGGAUGAUAUAUGAGGCACGAAUUCUGGCAAGGAUAAUACCUGCUGUGGCAAUUGCAAGUUACGCGACGAGGUCGUUCAGCCGUGACCGAUGCACAUGUUGUGCUUUAGCUUAGAUAUGG